GAACAACUCGGACCAUCGGAUAGCCCAGCCCUACAGAUAGCGCACUUAGUGGGCUAUCGAGACUCCGCGGUCGUUCAACUAUCUGUUCAAGCAUCACUCCGUGUGGCGCGCACGUAUUCGCCCAUCGCCUAGACUUUGAUCAUAGAGUGCGAAUGAUUCGCUUGUUACAACUGGCUGCGGGAGGAUAUGCUCUGGCAUAAUACGCCGGCUCGGCCCCAUGGACAUGGCUGCAUCUUUACUGUAUCAAUUCGGGUUUUACGACAGUGGGCGCAGGAUAUAAAGGGCGGGCUGCUAGCCCGAUUACGGACUCAUUAUCCUUACCCAUCCCGCCACAAUGUCUAACUAUGUAACGCGAUUGAACAACUAUUUUCAGACGAGACAGCAGACCACGCGGGUCACGUACUCGGAAAGCAGUGCGGGCCCCUCUCACGCGCGUAUCUGGACCGUUCAGUGCAAGGUUGACGGACAACCCCUUGGGACUGGAGUAGCGGCGCAGAAGUCCGUCGCAAAGGAGGAAGCGGCCCGUCAGGCACUUCAGAACCCCAAUCUUCCUUGAAGCGUCCCGACAGGGACAAGCCGACUCCAGAUCGUUAUUUAUCUCAGGUCCUUUCAGGCAGAGGUACCCGGACAUUAGCCUGGCUAUUUAGCAUCUCAUAUCGGACGCAUCAGUGUAGUAUAGUCUGUUUAUCCAGUAUGUAACACACGACGAAUGUACGAACUUGUAUGGAUCUCUGGC